AUGGAUUUAACAAUCGCAGUCCAUUUUUUGGAGGAUCAGGACAGUGUUCAAAUAAAUCGGAGGGAACUAAGAGAUAUGUACAACGUCUUGGAGCUACCCACAAGUCAAUUUGUUGCAAAUUUCCGGGUUUCUAAAGACAUUUUCUGUGUGUUACUGCAAAAGUUUCAAGAAACAUGCUCGCCAAAUUACAGAAGCACCUUUAUACGUGCAGACGUAAAACUCGCAACCUUUUUACGUUUUUUGGCCACCGGAAGCUAUCAGCAGUCAGUUGGAAAUGAGGUAAUUUCCUCUUCAUGUAAAACGUCAGUCUGCAGGAUUAUUGCAGAGUGUUUGGACUUUUUUGAAAACCAUAUUUGUGAAAACUGGAUUAAAAUGGUUCGCCCUGAGGACGAACAUAAAAACAAACAAGAAUUUUAUGGCGCCACCGGCUUUCCUGGAGUUAUUGGGUGUGUGGACGGAACGCACAUCCGUAUUAAAUCUCCAGGAGACGAACAAAAACAUUUGUACUACAAUAGAAAAGGGUACUACAGUAUUAAUGUUAUGGUGAUUUGCGAUCAGAAAACGUAUAUUAUGUACGUCGAUGCUAGACAUCCUGGUGCUAAUCAUGAUGCAUUUGUAUGGGAGUAUAGUGUUAUUAAUCAAAAACUACAGGACAGUUUCGAAAACGGGAAAAGAAACACUUGGAUUCUUGGAGACGCUGGUUAUAAGUUGAAACCCUACCUAAUGACACCAUUUAGAAAACCCAAUAACCCACAUGAAAGGCGAUACAACAAAAAGCACACAAGUACGCGAAAUGUGGUUGAGCGUUGCUUUGGUGUGCUGAAAAAUAGGUUCAGAUGCAUCAUAGGAUCACGAGGGCUGCACUACAAUCCUGCAAAAGUAACAAAAAUUAUAUAUGCAUGUUGUGCACUUCACAACAUGUGUAUAUUUUAUAAAUGUAUUGAACCGGAAGAUGUCGAGAGAUUGGUAGAAGAAGUGACAGAAGAAGUGGAAGAAGUUGAAGAAGUUGAUGAAGAAGAAGCAAAUGCAAUAAGGAGAAAUAUUGCCAUGAAUUUAUAA